CUGUAGGUUAACAGGCUGCUGUCUCUCUCCGCCCUACAUGGAACAGUUGUGUUACUUUCUGCUGUAGCAACACUUUUUCAAACAGUCGUGUGUGGUAUUCAUGUGCUCUCGAACCGGAUACCUGCCACUACAACUCAACGUGGUUUCGUUUUGGGGAACUUCGUGGGACUUUCACGGCUCAGAUACGCGGGUCAACAACUCUCCAAAGAUGACCGACGGUUCAAGGCAAGCUAAAUGCGCAACACGUUCAACUUGUAUAUAUGUUACCGCUGACACACAACCUGACUUUGUGUGAUUCAGGCUGCCGUAGACGACUUUUUUUUGUGUUUGGCACGGUAGUUGGAUUGUUGCCUUUCAGAGACAGCCAGUCCCAUGCCCGCGCCCCGUGCGCCAGGCUGCUCUCCACCCCGCGGACAGUGCCCUAGGCUCGGGGGUUAGAUGGUGCUGAUCACGGACGACAGGGAUGGAGGAGGCGCCCCGUCGGUCCGCGUCAAGCAGCUCCAGCAGAGGCAAAAAGUCGGGGGAGGCACCGGACAGAUCCACCCGACCAUAACCGAGGAGCCACCGUCCAACUCCGAGGACGAGGACUACCUGGGGUCGUGCGAGGAGGACGAUGAAGACGAGGACGAUGGGGGCGAGGACAGCGAUGAAUUCGAGGAAGUUGACUUUGAGGACUUGGAUGACUGUCGGAGCAUCGUGUCGGACGACUCCUUCUACCCGCCGGAUGAUGUGUUCGCGGACUCGGAGCGCACUCCGUCUCCGGAGAGCCCGGAGCCGCUGUCUUUUUUCCAGGCGUGUUGCACCAACAACGCGGCCAUCGUGCGGAUAAUGAUACGACACGGUGUCAAGGAGGAUGAGGUCAAGGAAACUGACAGGAAUAACAGGAUAGGGCUGUUGGUUGCAUGUUACCAAGGUUUCGUGGACGUCGUCAUAGCUUUGUCUCAGUGUCCAUAUCUGGAUGUCAACUGGCAGGACAGUGAGGGAAACACAGCUCUCAUCACCGCUGCACAAGCAGGCCACAUAACAAUCACCAACUAUCUGUUGAACUACUACUCUGGGCUGGACAUAGAGCGAAGAAACUGUCACGGCUUCACCGCUCUGAUGAAAGCCGCCAUGCAGGGCAGGGUGGAGUGUGUGCGCUCGCUCAUGAUGGCAGGAGCUGCCCUGAAUGCGAGGGACUUCGGCCGCCACCUGACUGCCAGGGAGUGGGCCAUAUUUACGAGCCGCUAUGAAACUGCAUGGGUGAUGACACGUCUUGUGGAACGGCCAUGUCCUCCCCAGUACUCUGAUACAUACAGUCUAGAGUGGCCCCCGCUGGCAUCACUGGUGGCCAAAGCCCAGGAGCCCCGUGGCUGUCUGAAGCGCCUGUCCGACACCAUGCGGAACAUCUUCAACAUCGCAAAUGUCACCAACCCCGAGGAUGAAGGCGUUAUCGACCACAUGGUGGCUAUUACAACGGCCAUGAGGUGCCCUGUUAUUGCUGUGGCGUGCCACACAGUGUGUCCUGAUAGUCCUCCAAGUGUGGGCAAACGGCGUUAUGCAGUUCCUGAGAUCAUCCGCCAGCAGCGCGCCAAGGAGCUCCGCUCUAUUAACCCUGACAGGGUGGACAGUCAUCUUAAACUCUUCCAGAACUCUCGGGUCACACUAGUGGCCAAGAAUUCAGCAGACCGCCGGGCCAGCCUUCAGACCCAGAACCUGGUGCCUCGACACAGGAGCUCCAGUUUGGGCAUGGUUGCUUAUAACGAAGCCCUGGAGCUGCGACGGACCAGCCUGCUGCCUAUGCACAUGGUGCUGAGGAGGAGUAGUGUCAGACCUGGUUUCAGCAUCCCCAAAGUAAGAGUAUCCAAAGCCCCCACACCUACUUAUGAGCCAGAAAAGAUUCAGAGGAAGAGCAGCGCCAAAGACGGAGGAGGAAACCUGCUGCAGAUCCCAAAGUGGCGGUACAAGGAGCUAAAAGAAGAAAGGAGGAAAGCCGAGGAAGCUGAGAGGAGGAGGCUGGAGGCUGUGACCAAAAGACACAUUGCUGCCGGAAAAAGGAAAUAAUAUCAUUACCUCAGAGGAUGUCAUGUACACUAACCCCUAAAAAGACAAACACUGAACAGACCAUGAGGUCCCACAGAUUGGGCUUUUAUGUUUUAAGCAAUAUACAGUAUGUGCUCAGGGUGGUCUUGACCUACAGUGUUUCUAAAUGAGGACAUAUUACAGAGGGUUGCUUUUGUCUGCUCAGUUUUGCAAAGGGGGAAUGCUGACUGAAAGUGGCUGCCACUGUUAAUAACAGCAUUAGAAAUGCACAACGCUCAGUGUCCUUUAUGAUGUCAAACAGCGAGUACCCAGGGGAUUUGAUACUUGAAAUGUUUUUAGCUAAUUUAUUUUUAAUAUUUAUUGCUUUUUAAUGGAUGGCCAGGUCUGUAUUUUGUUACACUUCGGGUGCUAAUACCGCAGUGUUUUGCACAGUACUGGAGCAGACGGUGACCACAGCGCUAAUGUGCCCAGCUUUCUGCCUAAAAAAAGCAAAUUAUUAAAACUCUUUUGGAAUAAUGUUGUUAAAAUAUUCAGUGAAGAACACCCAUCAGUGUGGCUGAAAAAGCUAAAGAGAAGCUUUUGUAUAGAAUCCAAUGGCAUUUGCCAGCAACAUUUUUUUUUUAGAUGUUUUAUGUUUUGCUUUAAAUUGAGAAAUCCUGAAUGUAUUUUGCAUAUAUGUUUUAUAUUAGAGAUUUUAAUGCUUUUUGAUGACAAACUUCUUUUUUUUUUUUAUCCAGUAUGGACAUUUUCCACAUAAGCAACUAUGUUUUCGAGUCUUAAUGUUUGAGACCAAGUCUGAAAUGUAGAGUAACUUUUAAAUCUUACCAAGUAGGAAGAAACUUCAAAUCACUUCCCAGAUGUUUACACUGCAAAACCAUAUUAACACUGUUUAUAUUGGCGUUAAACCAUCAUGUACUGACUGAGACAUGUGAGUUUGGUAUAUACAGGGUAUGGAUGACGCAAACGAAAUAAACACUUCUGCUAACAGUGA